AUGCAAGCAGACAGCCGUGAGAGUCUAGAUGGCAAGGCACCCCUGCCUUGUCCUUUCCAAGAACCAAUGACAGCACCCAAGCACAUGCAAGAUGGCUCAACGGCAGUAGCUGAGCAGUUUGAAACAAUUGAUUUGAGUAAUGACCCCUCUGUCCCAAGAUCCAUCUCUGUCAGUGUUCAUUUAACGGGGGAAGAGAAGGAAGCUUUGGUGUCUUUGUUGAAAGAAUUUUGA